CUGCUCUAGCCGGGGACGCAGCUGCAGGGCUGCGGCUCUGCCCAUCCCCUGCCGCCGCCCGGCUCUGCUGAGGGCACAGGCAGAAGGGGAGAGCGGGAGGCGCGCGCCGCGUCCUGGCUCUUGGUUGGACGCGAUCCUUUCGGGUGGGUGUCCCUGCCCCCCCCCCGCCCCAUCGCCACCCGACUGGUCCCCAGCGCCGCCGAAGCUAGCCGAUGACUAUUUCAGCCUCUCGCAGGCAGCCCUGUGAAGCGAUCUCGGCAGGGGCACAGGCGGAGGAGGAGGCGGAGGGCGAGUUGGCUGCGGCGCUUUCUGGAUGCGGCCGCUGCGGCUGCGACUUGACGCAUUCCGGCAGGGUCUCCCGCUCCGCGUCCCUCCAGCUGACCCGGGGGGCAGCUUCCAGCGACUGCCCCGAAGCCAGCUUUACCCCCCCAACCCAAGAGGCGGGAGGCCAGUGGAAAUUGCUGUGUUGGCAUUGCAAGCAAUCGCAUCCCAGCCCCCCUUUUUAUUUAUUUAUUUUGGUGGUAACUCCGUGGCAGCGGCAGCAGUGAUGGUCGAGCCAGCGAGAAAAGCAGCAGGAUCCUGUUAAAGGCAAAAGGAACUGGCUGGGAGGGGGAGCCCAGCCUGGGGUUUGUGUGUGAUUGACACCCCACAAACCCUUCCUCCUUGGGACAUACACAGGGGACCUCUCAUGCCUCCCUCCGCUCUCCUCUUUCCCCUCUGAGGUUCUCCACCCCUUAUCCCUCCCUUUCGUGAUUCUCUCCAUCCCAGGCCCCUUUCCCCUCAUCUGUUUCUCCUUCACCUUUCUGGGGUUUUCCAUCCCUGAUCCUCAUCCUCUUUCCCCCCACCUAAAGCUCUCCAUUCUGGAUCCACCACCCCUCCUUACCCCCUCUAAGGCUUUGCAUCCCAGAUCCGCCAUCCUUCUCCUCUGAGGCUCUCCCCUCUUGGUGCUCUCCAUUUCAGACCCCUCUCCCCCACCCAAGGUGUCCGUCUAUAUCCCUGAGACUCCACACCCCCCUGUGCCACCAUGACCGUGAUGGCUGGAGAGAACAUGGAUGAGACCUCUGUCCUGCCAGGUCACCCCCAGGAUAGCUACCAGCCAGAUGCCCAUGAUGACCACGAGUGCUGCGAGCGGGUGGUGAUCAACAUCGCCGGGCUGCGCUUUGAGACCCAGCUGAAGACCCUAGCCCAGUUCCCCAACACUCUGCUGGGCAACCCCAAAAAGCGCAUGCGGUAUUUUGAUCCAUUGCGCAACGAGUACUUCUUUGACCGGAACCGGCCCAGCUUCGAUGCCAUCCUCUAUUAUUAUCAGUCUGGAGGCCGGCUCCGCAGGCCAGUCAAUGUGCCUCUGGACAUGUUCUCUGAGGAGAUCAAGUUCUAUGAGCUAGGUGAGGAGGCCAUGGAGAAAUUCCGGGAGGAUGAAGGGUACAUCAAGGAGGAGGAGAGGCCCUUGCCUGAGAAGGAGUACCAGCGCCAGGUUUGGCUCCUGUUUGAGUACCCAGAGAGCUCCGGGCCAGCCAGGGUCAUUGCAAUAAUCUCAGUCAUGGUGAUCCUCAUCUCCAUAGUCAUCUUCUGCCUAGAAACUUUGCCGGAUCUGAAGGAGGACAAGGACUUUACAGGGACUCUGCACCACAUUGACAAUUCCACUGUGAUCCACAAGUCCAACAUUUUCACUGACCCCUUCUUCAUCGUGGAGACCCUUUGCAUCAUCUGGUUCUCCUUUGAGCUGGUGGUGCGCUUCUUUGCCUGUCCCAGCAAGCCCGAGUUCUUCAAGAAUAUCAUGAACUUCAUUGACAUAGUGGCCAUCAUCCCCUACUUCAUCACCCUAGGAACUGAGAUGGCUGAGCAGGAGGGUACCCAAAAGGGGGAGCAGGCCACCUCUCUGGCUAUCCUGAGAGUCAUCAGACUGGUAAGAGUCUUUAGAAUCUUCAAACUCUCCAGACAUUCUAAGGGCCUCCAGAUUUUGGGACAAACUCUCAAAGCAAGCAUGAGAGAGUUAGGUUUACUAAUCUUCUUCCUCUUCAUUGGGGUGAUCUUGUUCUCCAGCGCGGUGUAUUUUGCUGAAGCUGAAGAACCUGAGUCUCAUUUCACAAGUAUCCCUGAUGCUUUCUGGUGGGCUGUGGUAAGCAUGACCACGGUGGGAUAUGGUGACAUGUACCCUGUGACAAUUGGAGGCAAAAUCGUAGGCUCCUUGUGUGCCAUCGCUGGUGUGCUGACAAUUGCCCUGCCUGUACCUGUCAUUGUGUCCAACUUCAACUACUUCUACCACCGAGAAACAGAAGGGGAAGAACAGGCUCAGUUACUCCAUGUUAGCUCCCCCAAUUUAGCAUCUCACAGCGAUCUGAGUCGCCGUAGCUCCUCCACAAUCAGCAAAUCUGAGUACAUGGAAAUCGAAGAGGAUAUGAAUAAUAGCAUAGACAAUUUUAGAGAGGCUAAUCUCAGAACUGGCAACUGCACCAUAGCCAAUCAAAACUGUGUUAAUAAAAACAAACUGCUGACUGAUGUGUAAAAAAAACAAAACAAAAAACACUCUCAGCUUGAAGACUUUAAGUGACUCGGUCACACUUUGUAGAUGCUUUACUAGUAGUCUUUGAAUGCUUUAUUUAUAUCGUAAAUGCAUUGUUGCAUUGCGAAUUUUUGCUCAGCGAUCAAGAAGUUUUCAGGAUCCAUGAAAGAUAACGUUUUUGGUUAUUUUUAAAGGGUAUUUUCCAACUGGUAAAUGAUAACUAUUGAACUAGUCUAGUGAUAAAUAACAAUCAUAUGCUUCUAAAUCUAAACUUCUUUUUUUCAUCCUAGUUGCUUGUUUAACUUAAUUUUAAACAAAACACAACAGACAAUUUUAGAGAUAUAAAAAUAUGCAUGGAUUCCAGUACAAUAUUCUGCAGAACUGCACAAUGCAUCCAAGAAAGUGCAUCAGAUAAAAAACUUCAGCAAAAUAUAUGCAGCAAGCAUUUGCUGCUGUUUUGAUCAACUGAAGUGUGAAUUUCCCCUCUUUUGUGAAAGAUGAUGUAGUUCCAAUCUACAGAUUCAUGCAGCACCUUAUUAAAAAUACACGUAAGCCUGGUCUUGUUGCUGUAUACACCCUUAACAUAGAAGAACUAUUGUAUAAGAAAAAAAAAAAGACAAAACAUCUGCAAUGCUGCUAAGUUUUCUUAAGAGCAGAUGGUUUAAACACACUUUUUCCCCCUCUCCAGGACUGGAAGCAAAACUUUUAGCCCCUUUGUUGCAAGAUAGCACAAUGGAGUUUAAUAUAAGCAUGUCUGAAUUUGAUACUAUUUACUUUAUAAUCGCAUGCCUGAAACGUUACCUCAGACAACAGGGGAUAAGCUUUUGUUUGAAAUGAAUCUUCUAAAAAUAGGUUCUUUAUCUUUUCUUUUUUCUUUUCUUUUUGAUUUGCAUUCACCAAAAGUGCACUCCUUAAUUUAUUAAAUAUUUGAUUAGUAAUUUAAAGUACUGUAUUUAAGUAUGUAUGUUAGUCAAACGGGAACAAUAACUUUUGGAGAUCUAAGCAUGUUCAAAUAUUCAGCAUUAUGGCCUAAAUGACUAAGGUGUAGCUUGAAUUGAUUAAUGCAUGAAUUCAGUAAUAAUAAUAAUAAUUAAUAAUUAAUAAAGCACUUGUUGGAUUGAGGGCCAGAAAGAACUGAAUAGAGAGACCUGAUGAGUUUCCUGCAUUGCUCAGGGAAAUGUGUUGGCUUCUGUCCAGGCACUGUUGGAAAGGAACAUAUCCCAUCCCUUAAAGGGAAAACUAUAUGGAAAAUUAAGAAGUCAAGUUAUGUAUAGCAACACCUAAGAACUAGUAUCCUUUGUAGGUGAAAUGCCUUUUGGUGCAGUCUCAGAAUGUAAAUGAAACUUAUCUAUUGUAUACAUCCAAAUCACAGUAGCAGUUUUCUUUUGCAGUCAUUAUUUGAGGUCUAUAGACUUUUGUACUCCCUAAAACGCACUGAAGAGACUCAACAGAUUGAUUUAGAUAGUUGCUUAGUGCCUUUAUCCUUUAUCUACUGAAUCGCUGAAAGUGCCUCCAUGAAUAGAGCUGAUCAUAAGUAGUGAAGGAAGGGGCAAGUCACCAACAAACAAUCAGGAAUGUACUGUGCUAUCUCCAGGGACAACACAGAGAGAGAGAGAGAGAGAGAGAGAAGAGGAGAGCAAAGACCACCAGCACCCUAGGACACCUUUCUUCCCCUGGCAAUGUGAUGCUGUGGGGCUCAGCAUUUGCCUCUGCCAAAUAAGUCACAAUCAUGUUUAUGCAAGACUCAAAGUUUUCCCAGAUUGUUUAUAGAGACAGCGCUGCCCUCAUCGUUUUUGCCUUUCCUUCCCCUGAGAUGGCUCUUUGGCAACCUGCCCUGGAAGAGCUGAACACAGGAGGAACGAAGGACCAUCACUUACUGCAGCAUCGACAGGCAGGCAACCAGAUGGGAGGGCUGCACCUUUCUUUCCCCUUGGAUUCCCCAGGAGGUAGGUGAGAGAGGCUUCCCAUUUCGCAGCCAAGCACACAUCCCUGUCUCCCUCCCUCUUUCACUAAACUCCCUCAGAAAUCCCACAGAUUUUAAAUCCUAUUGCAGAUCAUUCCAGCAUCUCCCAUCCGUCCCCACUGUGACCUGAUGGACGGUAGCAGUGCUGGGAGAAGGAAUCUUCUGCAGUAUGCAAGCCUUGACCAGUAGGCCUUGGAAGAUGACAAACUUUCAAUCUUAACCAACAUAGGCACUAAUCCUUUUUUUUUUUUCUUUAAAGGACAAUGUUGAGAAUCUUCAUUCUGCACUUAGCAUGUGGCAAGCUGCUGUUGAGCCAUUUCCCAUUGUACAGGCCCCCUCUUACUCCCACCCCCAUCAUCUACAUAUCAAGGCACUUAUAAUGUAAAAAAAAAAAUUAACUCUGCAGUUAUGCACAAGUCUAACACGCCAGGUUUACAGAAAGACUUGACGUCUCACCGUGUGGCUUCUAUUAAUAUUAAUGAUCACUUUCCGAUCAAGGACAGAGGGAUCUCAAAGAACUGCAAAGCAUCGGAUAGAACAGGGCAUUAAACUCUCCAGAUAGAUGAGGUAAAGCUUCCUUCCCAACCCCCGCCUCACAACACACCCUUCCCACUAGAAUUAAAAUCUGGCGGUCACGAUCUUCCGUAGUCGAGGAUACAACUUCCCGUGGUUAGACUGACUUGCAUGCUGCAUUCAGUU